GUUUCCUGUGCGACACCAAAAAUGGCGCCGGUUUCGUCGUGCACUUAUAGUUGUCGCAUGAAUAGGAAUUAAUCUGAAAUACUCCAAUUUUAAAGAAGGUUAACGUUAAUAAAGACACAGAGACUGUUGUAGAGAACUGAGUUUAUCCUAUUUCUUCAGGAUCGUGUAUUUACUGAACCAGAAGCAUGUCGGAUGAGGAUGAAGCCCCUUUGGUGAAGAAGGCUCGAAUCUUCUAUGGAAGUAUUGAAGAAAAGGAAAAGGAGCGACUUUCUCGUGAGGGAAUCGUUUCAAUCGGGAAAGAUGCGAUUAAGGCUGGAAUUGAAGCUGGGAAUAUUAACAUCUCCAGUGGUGAGUCCAUGGAGAUGGAAGACCGUGUAAGCGAUAGGCAGGCUGAAGUACUGGCUGAAUUCGAACGCAGAAAAAGAGCUCGACAGAUCACCGUGUCUACCGAUGACACAGAAGUCAAAGCAUGCCUACGAGCCCUCGGAGAACCGAUCACGCUGUUUGGCGAAGGACCCGCUGAAAGACGAGAGAGGUUGAGGAAUAUUUUGUCGGUAUUGGGUCCGGAUGCUCUGAAAAAAUCCAAAAAGGACGACGAGAAAGCAAAACGUUCACAAGAGGACGCUCAGCAGACGUGGUACCACGAGGGUCCCGACACAUUGAAGGAGGCACGUAUCUGGCUGGCCAAAUAUUCACUGCCCAAAGCUGUGCAGAGGCUCGAAGCUGCCAGGGCUCAGAGAGAGAUUCCUGAAUCUACACGCACCGUACGACAGCAAGAGCUUCACAAGACGCUCAGGAACCUGAAUAACUUCUGCAGUCAGAUUGGAGACGAUCGUCCGAUCUCUUACUGCCAGUUCAGCCCCAACUCCAAACUGUUAGUCACCGCGUCAUGGAGCGGUCUGUGCAAACUCUGGAACGUUCCAGACUGCAGUCUCGUCCGCACGUUAAGAGGUCACGAUACCAACGUCGGAUCAGUCAGCUUCCAUCCGCAAGCCACGCUCACGCUCGACGAGUCGGACGUCAACAUGGCCUCCUGCGCUGCGGACGGAUCUGUUAAGCUGUGGAGUUUAGACAGCGAUGAGCCAGUUGCAGACAUUGAGGGUCACUUCAUGAGGGUGUCUCGCGUAUCAUGGCAUCCUUCUGGUCGCUUUCUGGGCACAACAUGCUAUGAUAACUCGUGGCGUCUGUGGGAUCUGGAGGUCCAGGAGGAGAUCCUUCACCAGGAAGGUCACAGUAAAGGAGUCCAUGACUUGCAUUUCCAUCCCGAUGGCUCCUUAGCAGGAACCGGAGGUCUGGACUCGUUCGGUCGUGUGUGGGACCUGAGGACCGGCCGAUGUGUCAUGUUCCUGGAGGGUCAUCUCAAAGAGGUCUACGCAAUCGACUUCUCCCCAAAUGGCUUUCAUGUAGCUACAGGGAGCGGUGACAACACAUGUAAAGUGUGGGACCUGCGGAAGAGGAGGUGCAUUUACACCAUCCCCGCUCACCAGAACCUGAUCUCAUCUGUCAAGUUCCAGCCUACAGACGGUCAUUAUUUGCUAACCGGUGCUUAUGACAACAUGGCGAAAGUGUGGACUCACCCUGGAUGGUCUCCUCUGAAGACCCUAGCAGGACACGAAGGCAAAGUGAUGGGACUGGACCUGUCUCCCGAUGGACAUCUCAUUGCUACCUGCUCGUACGACCGCACCUUUAAACUCUGGGUGGCUGAUUGAAGAAGACGGAGUGGGACGGUUUUGUUCGAGGAUGCAGGAGUGUAAUUUACGGUGGAUUUUAAUAACAGUUCAUGAGUCCUGGUUGGGGAAAAAUCAGCCUAGUCUUUUAAGUCAUUUUAGUUUUUGAGGUUUUUUUUUUGUUUGGUUUUUUUUUUCAUUUCUUUUGUAACUCCGAUGUUAGAUCAGACUUUGAACUUAUCUUGCAAGAUUUAUUCAGGCUUUUCUUUUACGUCCUUCCAUUUUCAUUAAAAACGUUAAUACGG